UAAAAACAAGUCUCACAUGUGUUUAUUAACAGUUCAAAAUAUCACAGAAUUUCUUUUUCUGUGAAGAUUAAUUUGUUCACAGUCCUACUUUUUCUUUGUUCACAAUGAAGAAAGGUAAUUUUAGCAAACCAGAUAAUCAAGAGUUUGAAGAUAAUUAUGAAGAACAAAUAAAAUGGUUUAACAGGAUAUCACAAAAAUGUCCUAAAAACACUGGUACAAUUACUGAUCAAAUUAUCAUAGAACUUAAAGAGGAAGCAAAAAAGUGUUAUGAUUCUGAAGUCAUCAGUUAUGAAACACGAAACUCUAAAACAAAUUCAAAUUACAAGUGGAUUAAGACUGUGAUGUCUAAAGGAACAGUAUCAGAUAAAAUUGCUGCUCAUGUUGUUGCAAUUCAGGAUGAUCCUGUAUGUAAUUUAGAAAAAAUCAGGUAUCUUGUGAGCAUGGUUAAAGUUGGGAAAAAGAAAGAAUGUACUUUAGUGAUAGAUACAUUAUCAGAAUUAUUUAUAACUGACUUGUUAAAACCAGAUGAAAAACUGAAAACUUUUGACCAACAGCCUUUACUGAGCCUUAAUGAUUUGGCUUCAGGAAAUGCAAUUACUAGGAGAAAGAUUCUUAGCAUGUGGUACUUUGAAGAUCAAUUGAAGGAGUUGUAUGCCUUAUUUAUUUCUGCUUUAAAUACUGCAGCACAUGAUACUGUUGAUGCAAAUAAAGAAAAAGCAAUUUCUGCUAUGUACAACUUGUUGAGUGGAAAUCCUGAACAAGAAAAGAACCUGUUGUCACAUAUUGUAAAUAAAUUUGGAGAUCCCUCCCAGAAAGUUGCAUCCAAGGCAAUUUAUUGUUUAACUCAACUUCUCUUACAACACAAUAAGAUGCAAGGAGUUGUAUUAAAUGAGAUAGAAAAAAUGAUAUAUAGGAGUAACAUUUCAAGUAGAGCUCAAUAUUACAGCUUGUGUUUUUUAUCUCAGUUUUAUCUUAGCCAUGAAAACGACGACAUUGCUAGAAAGCUUAUUGAGGUAUAUUUUUCAUUCUUCAAAGGAUGCAUUAAAAAGGGUGAAGUCGACAGUAGAAUGAUGUCUGUUCUACUAAUGGGUAUCAAAAGAGCUUACCCAUAUGCAAAACUUCAGUAUGAGAAGAUAAAUGAACAUAUAGAUACCAUGUACAGACUUGUUCACAUGGCAAACUUUAACAUAAGUUUGCAUGCCCUUACAUUAUUAUUUCAAGUUGCUGAUUUCAGCAGUAAUAUCAAUGAUAGGUUUUAUUCUGCUUUGUACAAAAAACUGGUUGAUCCCAAUCUACUUAAUACCACACAUCAGGCAAUGUUGCUAAGUUUAAUUUAUAAAGCUUUACUUAAAGAUAAAGAUAUAGAUAGAGUAAAAACAUUCAUAAAGAGAGUAUUGCAGAUAUCACUGUAUGUAUCACCAUCAUUUAGUUUUGGCAUAUUAUAUUUAAUAAAUAACUUGAUGUCUAAAAAAGAACAACUGGGAGCGUUCACAUUAAAUCAGUCCAAAUUGUUAAGUUUUGAUGACGACGGCGAGGAAAAAUAUGUAGAUAUCAAAGAGGAAGUCAUUGAAGAAGAUGAAGAUAAUAAGGAUGUACUUCAGGAAAAUGGUUCAAAUGAACAAACUUCAUCAGACGCUAAACAGACACCUAGUUGGUUCCAUGCAAUUAAUAGUAAUAAAAAUGUCACAAAUAACACUGAUUUCAAUCCUUUGGUCCGAAACCCUUCAUAUGCGGGGGCAAAAUAUGCGGCAUAUACGGAGUUACUUUUAUUGCAAAAUCAUUUUCAUCCUACUGUGUCAAUGUUUGCUUCAAAUAUAAUGAAAGGAGAAUUUGUUAAUUACGGUGGUGACCCUUUAAAAGACUUCACGUUGGUCAGAUUUUUAGAUAGAUUCGUUUUCAAAAAUCCUAAGAAAGAUGUUGAAAAGCAAGGUGCCCAUCCAACAUUUGGCCAAAGAAAACUGUAUAAGCCGACUGGUGUAAGAACUUUACCAAUCAGUUCAAUUAGUUACAUAACUGAAAAUGAAAAAAACAUUCCUGUUGAUGAACGAUUUUUAUACCACUACCUCAAAAAGAAAUAUGAACUCAAAAAAAAUGCAAAAGAUGAUGAUGACAACAGUGACUUGGAAUCAGUUGAAAGUGAAGAGUUUGAGGAAAUGCUUGAUAAAAUGGCAGGUAUCAAAGAUUUUGAUGAAGAUAUUGAUUAUAUGGAACAAGUUGGAGAUAGUUUAAAAGCAAAGAAAAAUAAGAAAGCUUCAAAUGAUGACAGUGAUGAUGAUAUUGACAACGAUGAUGACGAAAAUGAUGAUGACGGUUCGGAAUUGUCUGAUUUAGGUUCUGAAUCAGGAGAAGAUAUGCUGAGUAAUGAAAGUGAUGAUGAAGAUAUGGAUGAUGAGAGUUUUGAUGAACCAAGUCAAACCAAAGGCAAAUUUAAAAAUAAGAAGAGUAAUAAAAGCGAUAUCAAUUCUUUGUUUGCAUCAGCUGAUGAAUUUGCCACAUUGUUGGAAGAUGAGGGAGCUUCAUCUGUUACACCUGGUGGUUCAAAUAACUUUGCUUGCAAAGAUAAUGCUCAACAAAAGCAAUUAGCGUGGGAAGAGAGUCGUGACAAAUGGUUGAAAGGAUUUAACAGAGCUGUAGGUAAAGGACACAAAGAAAAGAAUUUUGGAAAACGAAAAUCGUUCCAGAAGAAUAAUAAUAAAAAGAAGAAGCUUAAAAAAUAAAUUGCACAUUAUGAUGAUCAACAAAAAAACCCAAAAAACUAAACGUUGUAUAAAAUAUACUGUUCAAUUUUUAUUUUAAAAUAAAUUUGUUUGUACAGUUA